CUUUGUUGGUAGCCUGAAUCCCGUACGGGAUGCCUGAUAAGGAUGUCCGAUUCGAAGGUAUGAUGUGGCCGUCUUCGUCUCUGGUAUUAUAUAUAAACGGGCCAUCCGCCUUGUCUACGCUGUUGAGUGAGAAAUAACUAUUACCAGCAGACGGCGAUGGCAAUCGACAACAAGACGACCAGAGUCUGCGUGAUUGGCGCAGGCUUCUACGGCCUCGAGGCCGCCAAAACAUACCUCCAAGUGGAUCCUACAAUCUCACUCACGGUCCUCGAAGCGGAAGAUUCGCUCGGCGGGACUUGGAGCCGGCGACGAAUCUAUCCGACACUCCGGGCACAGCAGAAAUACGGCGUGUAUGAGUACUCCGACUUCCCGAUGGACACGACCGGCGUAGCCGAUCCGCACACGACCUUCAUCCCCGCCGAAAAGCUGCAGGAGCACAUGGAGCAGUACGCCGUAAGGUUUGGCAUCAAGGAGCGCAUCCGGUUCAACGCCAAAGUGACUAAGCUCGAGCGUGCCACGGGGGGCGGAUGGAAUAUAUGGAUUCAGGGGGAUACUGCGCCCUCGACCUUCGACAAGGUCAUCGUCGGAACCGGACUCACUUCGAAUCCGUCGCUUCCCGAGCUCGACACAACCGGCUUCGAGCCCCCGGCUUUUCACACGCGCGAGCUCGGCGCCCACUACGCGUGGCUGACCUCUCCGGAGGUCAGCACGAUCACCAUCUACGGCGGGGGAAAGUCCGCGAUUGACGCCAUGUACAUGUGCGUCAAGAACGGGAAACAGGUGAACUGGAUCAUCCGGCCGGACUCGGUCGGCAACGGCGCGGCGCCGCAGUUAGCGGCAGACAUUCUCGGAAGGAACACUAACGACGUCAUCUCCUCGCGCAUGGGAGCGAUGCUGCAGCCGCAGCUGGAUAGUUGCGAAGGCUGGUGGUAUCGGUUCUUGCAUUCCGGGAGUGGCCUUGGAUACUGGCUGCACUGGAAGUACUGGGGUUGGCUCAGCAGCAUUCUCAUGGCGUACGCGGGAUAUGAUAAGAGCGAGAAUAUGGCUAGGCUUAGGCCGAAGAACGUCGACCAUGCUGCUUUCUGGGUGAAUGUACCGACCUCGAUUACCAACCAGCCCGAAAGUAUCGCCUUCAUCCACAGCGGCGAGAAGGUGAAAGUGAUCCGGUCGGAGAUCACCGCACUGGAGGGCACGUAUGUGGUCCUUUCGGACGGUGAACGACUCCACACCGACGCCGUCGUGUUCGCGACGGGAUACAAUAAGAGCGAGCCGAUAUACUCCCCCGAGCUCGCGGCCGAGCUCGGCGUAGUGACGGAUCUUGCGACGUAUCCGCCGCAUCUCAGGGAGAAGUGGGAUAAUCUCGACAUGUUGGCUGACCAGGAGGUCGUUCGGUUGUUCCCGCGGCUCGCGAAUCCGCCGAUGCCGAAUAAUAAGCCGGUGAAGAACGCGCCGUGCCGCCUCUACAAGGAUAUCCUGCCGCCGGAGCUAGCGCGGAAAAACGACCGAUCGCUGGUGUUUGCCGGCGCAGUUGGAGUCGCGAGUACUGCCAUUUUUUCCGGCCCGUCGGCGCUCUGGGGUGUCGCAUGGCUCACCGACAACCUAUCACUCGACGAGCUCGGGGUAUCCCAAGCAGAAAUCGAAUGGGAAAUUGCGAUACGCGUCGCCUUCGGUCGGCGACGAUACACGGUCGCGGGUGUGUAUGGAACGUACGCUCUCUUUGAGUGGUUGCCGAAGAUUGAUGCGCUGCUGAUGCAGUUGGGUGUGCAGCCGCGGCGGAUCAAGAGCGUGUUGAAGGACUUCUUUCUACCGUAUCAGGCCAGUCAUUAUCGAAGAAUUGUCGAUGAGUGGAUGCAAUUGCGAGGCUUGAAGUAGGUCCGGCUAGUAGACGGAUGACCAGGAGGGUUGGUAGUAGGGCUUCAGGGAUGCGCCUGAAACUGGUGGCUUGUGACUUCAUAGAUUCGAAACAAUAUUGAACUCAGGGACAUUGGAAGUGCUCG